AUGAUGACGAUGACGCCCGCCACUGCUAAUCAAGAUGAAGAGGAUGAUGGACGGCGCAGAGGAGAUGAUGCUGCUCCUAGGGACACAUUGUGCACUGUAUGCGUUUCCGGCAGAGGACAUAGCUUAGGGCUCCAAGUCCUUCUCAAUCUAGUCUAUAGUUUUUGA